UGUGUCUAGGAUGGAAGUUGAGCUUCUAAAAGAGGAUGAUGCUUGGGACUUACUCAAGAAGAAGACAUUUCCCCCUGACAUCAAUCCAGAGUUCGUACGUGAAGAAUCUACGUGCACACUUGGGAAGCAAAUGGCAAAGAAAUGUGGUUAUUUGCCUCUAGCAAUCUCUUUACUUGGAGGGGUCUGGAGUGAGAGAAAUUCAACGAGAGAGUGGGAGUUGGUGAAUGAAAAUAUGGAUGCAUACUUAUACAACAUCGGAGAUGGAGAUGGAAAUGAAAGUAAACUGGAAGCGGUAGUAAAUUUAAGUUAUGAUGAUUUACCUUAUCAUUUGAAGUUGUGCUUUCUGUAUUUGGGUGUAUUGAGAGAUGGCGAAAGCAUGGCUGCUGUUGAUCUAUAUAGAAUGUGGAUAUCACAGGGCAUGAUUUCAGAGGAGAAUAGUGAUAAAUCUCCGAUGGAGCUUGCAGAGGACUACUUAAGACAGCUGGUCUCGAAGAGCAUUGUCCAAGCCAAACGUAAAGAUGCCAGACACAGAACGAAAUUCACGUCAUGCAACCUUCAUUGUGUAGUAAGAAAGCUAUGUUUGUCGAUGGGGAAAAAGGAGCACUACCAGGUGCAAACUCUCGAGUACACAGGUGGAAGAUUUAGUUCCUUUCUAGACCAUGCCCUGUCGCGUGUUAAAACGCGACAUUUGGUUAUCCAUUUCAAAGCAGAGUUGCAAGAAGAUGAUGGUGAAUGUAAUGAUCAGCUUGGAAAAGAAGAUAGUUGCAAGCAUUUAAGGUCACUUCAUUUACAUAAUGAUAUAACAGGGAGGGUAAAUAUUGAGCUUCCAAGCACAGUUGAUUUUCGAAGAUUCAAAUCGCUCAGAAGUCUAGCUUUCGAGGGAUUCAAAUUUGUACGAGGAAAGCUACCAAGAGGGGUUACUCGUCUUGUUCACCUCAGAAAUCUGCGUUUCCGGAAAUGUGAACUUGAUGAGCUACAAUCUUCCAUAAGCAACCUGGUCUACUUAGAAAUCCUUGAUUACCUGAUAUCUAAGAAUACAAAAAUUCCAAAUGUUUUGAAGAAGAUGGUCCGGUUAAAACAACUGCUCCUUCCUCGUUAUGACAGGGAAAGAAUUGGGGAUUAUCGAUUGAAAUUGGAUAAGGGUUUAGAUCAGUUGGAGGCUCUACAGGGGCUGAACAGUUUAGUGCAUGAGAAUAGUUGUUAUACGAGAAUGAAGAAGCUCCAACGUUUCUCAGCGUAUGUAUUUGACAAGGAAAGCUAUACAGCUAUUAUGAACGCCAUUGAUUCAAACUGGGAAAGGUUGGUGUACACUUAUAUAGUAGUGGAAGAAGGUUGGGAGUUCACAUCAACGAACUUGAACCAAGCGUUCACAUGCCGGAAUCUUACUGACUUGGUGAUUUAUGCUCAUUUGGGGAGGCUACUAACGGAGUGCUGGAGCAACAUCAUUUGCUCAAACAUAGCAAUAUUAUGCUUGAACAAAUGCAAAAUUGAGGAAGAUCCAUUGGAGGUACUCGGAAACCUUGCUUCCUUGAAACGCCUGUGUUUCCACUUGGGAUCAUUCAUCGGUGAAAGGAUGAGGUGCCCUGCAUCCAGUUUUCCUUGCCUCCAGGUGUUUGAACUGAAUGACUUGCAAGAGUUGAGGGAGUGGAAAGUUGAUGAAGGUGCCAUGCCUCUUCUAUUGCAUUUGUAUAUUCGCCGUUGUCUUGGUAUGGAGAUGGUUCCACAAGGAUUGAUUGCUAUGUCUAAUCUUCAAGAUCUGAUCAUUGAAGGAAUGCCAGAAUUGGGAAGAAGGGUUAUGUCUGAUAAUGGUGGUAGAGAAGGAGAGGAUUUCCACAAAGUUCGCCAUGUCAGUAAAAUUACCAUCAAAUAAUAUGUACUCUGCUCUGAUUGAAUGGACCUUUUAUCUACGUUGCCGGAGGAGUGUUUAUCGGAGAUUCUGCAGCGAACUUCGCCUGCGGAUGCCUUAAGAUUCGCUACGGUCUCAAAAGGGUUGAAAUCCGCGGC